AUGGCCGGACGUUGGGACGACUAUUACGACGACCGACGUGUUUGUCUCAUUCCACUUCCACGAUUUCCCAGGCUAGCUGAUAAGAAACGGGAUAUUGGGGUCUACUUUUCUGGCGUUUUAUUCGCAGUGGGCUGGUGGUUCUUUAUAGACGCUGUUGUCUAUGCCGCCACCAUGGAAGAUCCACCGGUAACUAUCAAGUUGGAGGAUUGGAUAAGUGGUAUCUUUAGUACUCUGGGAAUGAUAAUUGUGAAUUCCAUCGAUAAAUCACGGCUCACAGCUGAUGAUUUUACCUAUUCGGGGUCAGGGAUAGCAUGGAAAGCUCGACUCUUCCUCUUCGUUGGUUUCGCAUGUAUGGCCGGUGGUUUGGCAGGCUCUUUGGCAA